CUCUCACUUGCUGUCUCAAAAGGUAAAGUUGUCCCCCUUUGGGUUUUGAGCAACAGCAAUUCCUUGUUCCUUGUGAUCGAAGUCUUGCACCGAAAAUGCACGGCGCCUGUUUCCGCUGCGAUCAGCCGGGCCACUGGGUUAAAGAUUGCCCCUUCAAGACCCCACCUGGCCAUAAGAAAUCUCAACCCUUCGCUGCCACUAAUGCUACUGCUAGCGGCCCCUCCUCCUUCUCCGGGGGUCCUGAUCCACCCCAAAUUCCAUGCGGUUGUGGCCAUGGAAAUUGCCUUGUACGGACUUCCCAAACGGAGAAGAACCCCGGCAGAAAGUUCUAUACUUGCCCAAACGGACGAGAUCGUCGAUGUGGGUUUUUCAAGUGGUGCGACCAAGUAACGAAUGGUGAAGCUAGCAAGUCUCCUCCUCCCAACCCUGUGUGUUCUUGUCGAGCUGGAGUCUCUCAAAGGAUUACGGUGACGGAUGGGCCAGAUGCGGGUCGAAGCUAUUUUGCUUGCCCAAUCAAGAAGGGAUGUGGAGCUUGUCCUUUCUUCCAAUGGGAGGAUGCUCAAGAAAUUACCACAAGCACUGAUAUUGUAGAGGAAAGCAAACAUGACAUGUCUGCAAAGUUUACUUUGAGAAGCCAUCAGUUGGUCAGUGACUUGGGUGAUUCGAGUAUUGAGCACUCGGAAAGGAUGGAAUUUGAGUCGGUGGAAAUGGAAAAUCUUCAACAUUCCUCAACUUACAUGGCUGUACCUGAACUUUGUGGGAAAGAACAAGAACCCCUCAUGGAGAGGGGACAACAUGAUGAAACUUCCACCGCAUGUCGUGAUCCACAAGAACCCCUCAUGGAGAGGGGAGAACAUGAUGAAACCGAAUGUCUUGAUCCAUCACAUGUUAAGGUCUCUUGGAAUCUUCAAGACCUAGUCAUGCAGGAGGCUGAGUCAAGGAAUCCCAUUAUGAAGAUUACAUUCCUAAUUUCCCAUCAAACAUAUCUGGCUGGGAUGCAUCACCGACAGACACAGUUCCGGAGGCAGACCACCGCUGCUGGAGACACAUCUACUGGAGAUUGUACCAGUCAAAUUGCAGGUGUUCUUAUACUGGGUUGGUGGGGCCGGCUCACUUUCCCUCCUUCUCGAUGUUUAUCAGUUCCUCCACCUAAGCCUUUCUUUUGCUGUGUUUUCCCUUCUUUUGAUCCCAUCUUUAUUCCUCAGGAUAAAGAUUUGUCUAGUAAUGAAUGCUUUACUGAGCUGCCUCAUAGACCCUCACUUACUGAAUUUGACAAGCCAUCCCUGCAAAUAUCUUGUUUGGAUGCUGAGGCUUUGAGUGAUGUUUCUCGGGAGUUGUCAAAUGCCAAAAGUCCUCACCCAAUUGUUGAAGGCAGCAUAGAAGCCUCAAACUCCAACAUGCUUGAGCAGAUAGUUUUGCAUCUCCAAAAUCUGCUUCUUACCAGUCUUGAGUCCAUGGAUCCGCUUAAACAUGAGUCCAUGGCAGUGGCAGCAGAAUCUACUUUUGAUGUUUUGGAUUCUCUCUCAGUUAAUUAUACACAUUUGCAUGAGCGUGUGAGGGAAUUCAUUGCCUGUGCAUCAUCACUUGCUGAUAUGGAACAGUCAGUGGAGGAGGAACAUCCUUGGCAAGAGUUGAUCGAGCGGUACGAUAGUGAGAAAGUUAGGUAUGAUGAUAUUUCUAGCAUCCAUGCUGAAACAAUGACCUCCUUAACAGCCUCCAAUCAACGCCUUAAAUCACUCCGUGAACGGGCUUCCAGUUUGAAGGACUUGCUUGUACGAGUCGAGAAUCAGUUGUCCAGCUGUGAAGCUGAGACUAAGGAGCUAGAGGCUCAUAUGGAUGAGAUUUGUUGGGAUAUGUUGGAGUCCCAAAAGAGUUUGCAGGCUCUAUCUGGAGAAGCAGAAGAGGCAAUGAAACUUCAUCAGCAGAGGGAACAAGAGCGAAAAGUAGCCAAGGCAGCCUUAGAAAUGGCAAGACUAAAGCUUCGGCAGUGAUUGUACAUUAACCUUUCUCAAUGUAGAAUAUGACAUGAUGCGUAUGUUGUAGAAUAUGACAUGAUGCGUAUGUUAUGUAUAGAUUAUGCCCCUUUAGGCUUUAGGCUUUAACAAAGUGCAAAUUCACGUGUUGCAAGGCAUGGUAACAGGGAAUUAGGUCGUGAAAAGUUUUUGUUCUAAACGUGGUUCACACUUGGAUAACAUGUCAGACGUGCGUGCUUUUUGGUCUUUGUUGGUGAAACCAAAUUCACGCUGAUAAUGAAAGCUAAAGAUGACAUUUCGGGGUUGGGCUAGCGAGGCUUGCUUGACUGGGGUCAGGCCAGGCCCCCAAAAGUCCUAUAUUCCCACUCGAUUUGGACCGCUACAAUUUACCGAAUCUUUCCUUUCCAAGUGAUUUUAUUUGAUAAAUAAAAUGUUUGGGCUACAUUUUAUUUUUUA